AUGACCGCGACAUUUGAGUCCUCUCCACUAUCACGCACAUCGUCCCCGCCAGCAACAUUGAAGAGAAAACGAGCGGGUUCUGAUACCCAACCUCUUACCCCGCCGUUAGCCGCAAGCGACUCUGAAGGAUCGCGUCUGCUCUCGCGCGCCGUCCACGUUCUUUCGACUGCUGCCACCGCGCUCUCGCAGGUCACUUUUCUAUAUGAGUCCGACCAUGUGGCGCGCGAUGGUCUCCUCCAGGCUGUCGAAGUCAUUACGAAGACCAGCCAGACUGGCGGUAAACUCAUAAUAUGCGGAGUGGGCAAAAGCGGCUUGGUGGGGCGCAAGAUGGUCGCGACGAUGAAGAGUCUGGGCAUAGCGAGCUCCUUCAUGCAUGCUGCUGAGGCACUGCACGGGGAUCUCGGUGACAUCAGGAAGAACGACGCAAUCAUGUUCAUUUCCUACUCUGGCAAGACAGCAGAGCUCAUGGCCCUCCUCGAGCACAUACCCACGCACACACCCAUCCUCGCCAUCACAUCGCAUACGAAACCCUCAGACUGCCCGAUCCUUGACGACCGGCCCAACUCCAUACUGCUGCCUGCGCCCAUACAUGAGUUGGAGGAGGUCUCAUUUGGCGUCUGCGCGCCGACUACCAGCACAACUGUCACCAUUGCGGUGGGCGACAUGUUGGCGUUGACCGUCGCAGAGGCGUUACAUCAAGAUGAGACAAAGGCUGUGUUUAGAACGAAUCACCCUGGCGGUGCGAUCGGUGCGAAGUCGAGACGGAUAGAGAAGGAGGAUGAUACCCAGGUGGAAGCGAAGGAGUGCGAUGGGCUGGUUACGCCGCCGGCUACCUGA